AUGGCCUACACAACUACGUUCUUGGUGUCAAACAUCCACUGCCCGUCCUGCGUGUCCUAUGUUCAAGAUACACUCCAUGGAGUUCCAGGCGUCCAGUCCAUCCAUGUCUCACUAAUAGACCAAGUUAUUCGUGUCAAACACGCUCAGGACUCGACCCGAGAAGUUAUUGUCAGUGAACUGAUCAAAGCAGCCUUCGAAGUCCAGCAUGUCACGACCAUCCGCCCCGACGGUGUCCAGUCUCACGACUACGAUGUGUCACCGACCCCCACGAACGCCCAACUCUCACGACCCCGCUGGUUAAUGUCCCGUGCUCAACGCAAGCAUAUUGAAAAUUGCAAGGCAUGUCAACGGGAAAAGGGCCAGACAUCGAGGCCAAAGUUAUCGUGGCCUUAUCUUAUGCGAUCACGCCGACAAGCCCCUGCGAAAAAGACUCCCACCGAUGAGGAGGCCGCGGUUUCGGACGACACACUGACUGGAGACAAGCCCUCAAACAAAGCCGUCGACAGUGCAGGGGAAGAGAGUACAUCCUCAAACUAUGUUGCGACCAUAUCGAUUGGUGGAAUGACCUGCGCAUCUUGCACAAGCACAAUCACCAAGGGGCUUGAGAAUUUGGAUUUCGUGGAUUCGACAAAUGUCAAUCUAAUGAUGAACAAUGCAAGAGUGGUCUAUCAAGGGCCCAAAAACAACUCGGCCAAACUCGUUGAAACAAUCGAAGACCUAGGCUACGAAGCCGUAAUUGAUGAUACACAUCCAUUAGUGCAAGAGAAACCUCCGUCAGAUGCUGUUGGCGAGGAUUUCAAGGUCACGCUCAGUAUUGAGGGGAUGACCUGUGGAAGUUGUGUUGGCACGAUUACCCGGGGUCUCCAGGAGCUCCAGUUCAUCAAAGAUGUCAAUAUCGACCUCGUUGGAAAUCGCGGCGUUGUAGUCUUCCCCGGAAAGCAGCAUCUCGACAAAAUAUUGGAGAAGAUUGACGACCUGGGUUAUGAUGCGACUGUUGUCAAACUCGAGGGCACUUCCAAAAUAGCCCAGGCCCCAGAUGAAGAGAGGACAGUGCAACUCAAAGUCGACGGCAUGUAUUGUGGACAUUGUCCCGAGAAUGUCAGGGCCGCUAUCCAAUCUGCAUUAUCAAGUGUCAGCGAGUCGGCAUAUACCAUAACUCAACUUCCCACACUGAAAGACCCGGUCAUUACCAUCACCUACCGCCCUUCGCCUCAACUCAAUAUACGCAGCUUCAUCGCCGCCAUCGAUGCUUCGCACGAAGCGUUGAAGGCAAGUGUGUAUCACCCGCCAACGCUAGAAGAGCGAUCACGUCGAUUACAGCGAAAAGAGAUGAAACAUAUUCUUUGGCGGCUACUGUUUACUGGCAUAGUCGCUAUUCCCACUCUCAUCAUUGGGGUUGUGUACAUGAGCUUGGUUCCUGAAUCUAACCCAACGAGGCGAUGGUGGGAAGAGCCCAUCCUAGCGGGUCAAGCUAUGCGGAUAGAGUGGGCACUCUUCUUCAUGACCACGCCAGUCAUGUUUUUUGGCACAGAUCUCUUCCAUGUCCGCGCAUACAAGGAGAUCAAGGCUAUGUGGAGGCCGAACAGCAAAAUACCCAUCCUGCGGCGGUUUUAUCGCUUUGGCAGCAUGAAUCUACUGAUCAGUGCCGGUACUGCAGUCGCAUAUUUCUCGUCGUUGGCUGUCUUGAUCAUGGAUGCCACAGGUGACCCCACAACAAUGAGACAUCAUCAUUCUUCGGAUACCUAUUUCGACACGGUGACGUUCCUCACGUUCUUCAUCCUCAUUGGCCGCUUCUUGGAGGCUUACAGCAAGACCAAAACCGGCGACGCAGUUGCGAUGCUGAGCAACCUAAGGCCUUCAACUGCACUCCUUGUGAAGGAUGACGUAAAUGGCAAAGCGUCCAAUAGCAUCGAAACCAUUCCAGUUGAUCAACUGGAGACAGGCGAUCUGGUUCAGAUCCCUCACGGAACCUCUCCACCAACCGACGGAGUCAUCGACAACACAGGCACGUUUCUGUUUGACGAGAGCUCUCUUACCGGAGAAUCCAAGCCAGUCACAAAGACUUAUGGUGAUGAAGUCUAUACAGGAUCUGUGAACGUGUCCGACCCUGUCCGGAUUAGAGUAACUAGUGUUGGUGGAACAUCCAUGCUGGACCGAAUUGUCAACGUUGUUCGUGAAGGCCAGGCGAAAAGGGCUCCCAUUGAGCGCAUUGCAGACAUUCUUACAGGGUACUUCGUCCCGGUAAUCACUCUCAUUGCCAUCACGACUUGGGUGAUCUGGAUGGGUCUGGGCUUGUCCGGAACACUUCCUCAAGCAUGGCUUGAUGUGAGCCAAGGAGGAUGGCCUUUCUGGUCCCUUGAGUUUGCAAUCGCCGUCUUUGUUGUCGCCUGCCCAUGUGGCAUCGGUCUUGCUGCACCCACCGCACUCUUCGUAGGGGGCGGCUUGGCAGCAAAACAUGGCGUCCUUGUCCAGGGAGGUGGCGAGGCAUUUCAGGAGGCAUCGAAAUUGGAUGUCAUUGUUUUUGACAAGACCGGUACAUUGACCGAAGGUCAAAUGCGAGUCACUGACUUCGAACCGAUCCAGGGCAUUGAGGGCAGCGACCCGACACUUGAUGAAAACAUCAUACUAGCGUCCUCUCGCAUGCUGGAGGAAUCAAGUACACACCCAAUAGCAAAGGCCAUUGCAAGUUACUGUGCCGAGAACUCGACCAAUACUUCCAUCGAGCAAGAGGAGAUCAAGGAAGUGCCUGGGCAGGGGAUGACUGGCAGAUUUCUGAUCAAAGGCAGCUCGUCUACAUCGCGAUACGAAGUUGCCCUUGGGAACGAGAGACUUUUACAAACCAUUUGCCCACCAGGAAAUCCGGAAUCGGGUAUACCAAGGAAGAGGGAUGACGUGAUGGUGACGAUCAAAGGAGAAGACUUCUACCUCAAUCCCAUUCUACGGAAACACCAAUCCCUCGGUCAUUCAACGGCCAUCUUCGCAGUUCGGAAGAUACCAGAAGACGCUGAGAAAGCCAAGUCACCAUCAUCGUAUCGGGCCUUGGCUGUCUUUGCCAUUGCGGACCCAAUCCGCUCUGAAGCACCCAAAGUCCUCCAAUCUAUACGGAACGCGGGACUCGACAUUCACAUGUGCACGGGUGACAACCAAACCACGGCCUUGGCCAUCGCUUCGCAGCUUGGAAUCCCGGCCAGCAAUGUCCGUGCAGGCGUCCUCCCACAAGAUAAAGCCAGCUAUAUCCGCGAGCUGCAAGGUUUAUCCUCCGGCGACCUGUCGAGCAAAAAGGACAGUCGCAAGAUCAUUGGGUUCGUCGGGGACGGCACAAAUGACACGCCGGCCCUCUCUGCCGCCGACGUCUCGAUCGCGCUCUCUUCUGGCUCUGACGUUGCAGUGACCACCGCAUCCUUCAUCCUUCUCAACUCCGACCUCAAUACUAUCCUCUCGCUCGUGAGGCUCGCUAAACGGGUGUUUUUACGAGUCAAGUUGAACUUUGCCUGGGCGGCAGUGUAUAAUCUGUGCUUGAUCCCGGUGGCGGCGGGGGUAUUCUUUCCCAUUGGAGCGAAUGACCAUCAUCCUGGGUGGAGGUUCAGUCCGGUUUGGGCGAGUAUGGCGAUGGCGGCGAGUAGCGUCAGUGUUGUGAUGAGCAGUCUGGCGUUGAGAUUGCCAGAGAUGGAAAUCAAAUGGAGGUGGCGGAAGUGA